AUGUUGAUUGUGUUGAUUGUGACCGCAAUUGGUACAUUUAUUUGGUUCCUGCACUAUAGAAUGAACUUUUGGAGACGAUCGGGCGUUCCUCAGCCCUCGUUUCGGUUCAACUUCAUGGAAAUUAUCCACUUAUUUGCACAAAAAAGGAGCACCGCCGAAACGAUAGAAUUGAUGUACAGCAUGUUUCCCGGCAAAAGAUACUGCGGUCUGUACUCGUUCAGCUACCCUAUGUUAAUGAUCCGAGAUCCGGAUUUACUGAAGGAACUCACGGUGAAAAGUUUCGACCACUUCACCGACCACCCCAGCUUCAUAUCGGAGGAGGCCGAGCCCUUGUGGGGUAAAAAUCUCUUCUCCUUGAAGGGUAAAAGAUGGCGCGACAUGCGCCCCAUAUUGAGCCCCUCGUUCACCAGCAGCAAAAUGCGCGGCAUCUUCGUGCUGAUAUCCGAAUGCGCCAAAAACUUCACCGAUUACUACCGGAAAUUCGACGGGAGAAUCGUGGACGUGGAGCUGAAGGACAGCUUCACGCGCUUCACCAACGACGUCAUCGCCGCCGCCGCCUUCGGCGUGAAAUCGGAUUCGCUAGCCCACAAAGACAACCAAUUUUACCUCAUGGGCAAGGAAUUGACGAUGUUCAGCGCCAGCAUCUCGGCCACUUUGAAGAUGGUAUUGUUCUUCGUCAGCCCCAAGCUAUUCAACUUAUUGAAGUUGAGGCUGUUCAAAAAGGAGGUGAUGGAUUUCUUUAUACGCACCAUAGAGGACACCGUGGAGAUGCGAAAAAAGGAGGGUAUAGUUAGACCGGAUAUGAUCCAUCUGAUGAUAGAGGCUCAAAAGGGAUCGUCAGGAGGUAAUAAAGAAGCGGAAGUGGAAGAUAGGAGCUUCUCCGCUCAAACAGAGGCCGAUUUAGGAGGAGCACCGGAUGUUCAAAGGGGAUUAACAAAUGUAGACAUCGCCGCUCAAGCUCUGAUAUUCUUCUUCGGCGGCUUUGAGUCUGUAUCCUCAUUGAUGUGCUUCAUGGGACACGAGUUGGCCGUCAAUCAAGAUAUCCAGGAGAGAUUGAGAGAAGAAAUACUCGAAACUUUAGAGGCUAACGAUGGAGAAUUAACCUACGAUGCUCUUGUUAAAAUGAACUACAUGGAUAUGGUAGUAUCCGAGGCGUUGAGAAAAUGGCCCACGGUUACUGUAACCGACCGGGAAUGCUCCAAACCGUACACCAUCGAGCCGAAAUUACCCGGCGAGAAGCCCGUUCACGUCAACUUGAAGGACACCUUGUGGAUACCGGUCUUCGGUAUACAUCGCGAUCCCCUCGUUUAUCCCGAUCCCGAAAAGUUCGAUCCGGAGCGGUUCAACAGCGACAACAAGGGCGACAUCAAUCCGUACAAUUACAUCCCGUUCGGAGCUGGUCCCAGGAACUGCAUCGCCUCCAGGUUCGCUCUGCUGGAAAUCAAAACCGUAUUCUUCUAUAUUCUGCUCGAUUUCAAGUUGGUGCCCACCGCUAAAUCGCGGAUACCGGUGAAAUUGUCGCCCAAUACCUUCAAUCUGACCGCCGAGGGAGGGUUUUGGUUUGGUUUAGAGAAGAUUAAUUAG